GAGGAGAAGAACAGAGAGGAGAGAGCGGUGCAGCGCACUCAUCAUGCACGCCAGACUGCGUGGACACACGGCACGCGGGGCACAAGGAGGAAGAGGGAGCGGCGGGUGGCGACAAGCGACGGACAAUAACAUAACCGUCAGGUUUUCAGGACGUUAGAUAACAACUUUUUCAAGACCACCGGGUACUUUUUCUCCCGUUUCAAACAUGUCUUAAUUGUAUUAAAAUACUUUAAAUGCCUCGGGACGUUGAGAAAAGCGCGUUGUUUGCGGAAGUAAGUAAAGUUGAGUUGAAGGAAGUUCAGACAGAGAAGGAAAAGUAACCGAAAAGUGGUGUCAAAUUCGAGAGUAUUCCUAGUUCUUCGGACGGGGUCCGAACUUUAGAGAUGGAUACCCACGUAAAAGAGGGACAACUUUACGUUCAACAUCAGAAGUUUGGCAAGAAAUGGAAGAAGAACUGGUUUGUCCUCUAUCCAGCCAGUCAAAAUGGCAUCGCUCGCUUAGAGUUUUUCGACUGCUCAGGGGGCGGGGCCAGCGACAAACCCAACACCAAGAAACUAGACAAGAAGGUUAUCCGUCUAUCAGAUUGUAUCUCUAUCCUCCCUGCCCUCACUGAAGCCUGUCCCAAAGACAAUAUGUCCGCCUUUUGUGUGGAGACCAACGACAAGACUCAUGUGCUCGCUGCAGAGAGAAGCGUCAGCACAGAGUGGGUGGAGAAGAUGUGUGAGAUUGCCUUUGGGGGGGUUAGUGGUAGCAGCAGUAGCGUGUCUGACUCUAACGGAAAGACUAAUCUACAGAUGGCUGAGAAUCUCAUCUAUUCCAGCCGAGAAGAGGUGAAUGAGUUCUGGGUAAGUGUGCAGAGGACCGAGGCCUCAGAGCGUUGUGGUCUGUUGGGAACCUACUGGCUAAAGGCCGACAAUGACAGUCUCAUAUUGAAGGAGUCCAAGAGCAAGAGCAGUCUACUGAUCUGGCCCUACAAACUACUGAGGAGAUAUGGACGUGACAAGGUGAUGUUUUCGUUCGAGGCGGGGCGGCGCUGCGACUCUGGUCCGGGGAACUUCAACUUCGAGACCAAACAGGGUAACGAGAUCUUCCUCAUCGUGGAGCAGGCCAUCCAAUCACAGAAAGCCCUGGCCGAGGAGUGCCACCUCAGCUACCAUUUGAGCAGCCUGGAAUCCGACCCCGGCCCUGCCCUCAUUCAGCAACGCAGCGCCGUGGCAACGGGAGGUGGCCUGGUAGUCGACGGCAACACCAGUACCCGGGAUCUGGAUGGGGAUUCCAGUUCCGGAGGGAGUAAGCCCGGAUCAGCCGAUGGAGUGUUCGGGAGGAGGGAGGGAGAUGGAGGGAAGAGCCAAAAUCAGAACCAUAAAGGGAGGAGUUUACCAGAGCCACCGCCGUUGGUGAUAGGAAUGGGGGGGACGCCCCCGCGCUCACCAAUGCCUCCAGGAGGUAAAGGAGUAGGAGCGACCUCGUCUCAAGAGGAACAGGGGAGUGUGUACUCUGAACCCGCUGACUCUGUCCGUCUCUCCUCUCUCUCCGCCGGCGACUGUCUCUACUCUGACCCUGUUGAUACUAUCAAGACACAGACCCCCAACUCCCUAAACCUUCCAAUCCCCACCCCCCGACUCCGACCCCUCGGCGACGAGGGAGGGGUCACCGGGAUUGGGGGUCGUAACCACGGCAACAACCAGCUCGAUCCCCUCUAUUCGGACCUCUAUGAUCAAAUCAGUUUGGAUCUGAUACAGAAGAUGAGUGUUAUGGGGCUGGAGGAAGGAGGAGGAGGGAGAGGAGGGGGGAGAGGAGGAGGGGGGAACAUGCGUUCUCUCGGGGGUCAGGCGGAAGGAGCAUCGUCAUCGUCACUCACCGACGCCGAACACAUCUAUGAUGAACCAGAGGGGCGAGCAGGAGGUGGUGUUUUGGGAAAAGACAGCCUUCCCCCUCAGCCCCACGAGGGGCUCUACAACCUGCCUACAGACAACUACACAGUCCCCUCCUAUGGAAAACAACCACAGCCUCCCCUCGUCAUCAGAGGACCAGGGGGCUCCAAGUGGCCACCCAAACCUGCUACCACCCCCAAGCCAAAAAAGGCUGCUCUUCCUCGGAAGGAUCCCGUGCCUCUGCCCCUGGGGAAGGCUGGGCCUGGAGGUCCAACUAACCUGAACAAUAAUAACAGUAGCGGAGGUUUUGGAAUUGGAGGGGCCUGGGGUGUAGUUGGGGGAGGGGGAGACAGGGCCAGGGGUGUAGGUGGGGAAGGAGGAGGGGAAGGUAGGCACACAGAGCUGUACAGUAAAGUGUCGAGACACAAGCCCCCUCCCAAUCCCUGGUACCCCCACACCGGCCUGCGAUCCCCUGAUAUCAUCUAUGACAAUCUGGGAGACAUUUAAGCCCCUAAACAGGACUGGAUGGUUGUAUUCAUGAGGCGCCAAAUGAAAGAAAACAUACUGAAACAGUGAGGACAACCUGGACUUAUCCCAUAAGAAACUCCAUUUUGAACACGACCCAGGAGAUUAAAAAGUGGUGGCUUGAUCUCGAUCUUCUCCUGUUGCAUCUUGGGACAUGUAGUUCAGGGAAGACAUACCAUGGUGGCAAGCAAAGCUCACCAAGAGGACAUGGGAUGUGUGUGUGGAAUGUUUGGUCAAACACAACAGUUAACCAACAGAAACCUCUAUGUGGCUAAGCAGACAGACACAGCUUGUGUCCCAAAGAGCACUCUAUUCCCUAAUAUAGUGCACUACUUUUGACCAGGGCCCUAUAGACCCUGGUUAAAAAGAGUGUACUCCAUAGAGAAUAGGACGCACAUUUGGGACGCACACUCAGAAGUGGGAAAUACUUAUGUGGCUUGCAGCAAGUUGAGUGUUCUGCGUGUCAGCGGGAGACGUGUGUGUGUGUGUGGCUGUGUCAAUGUUAACUAUGCACUUACUGGAAAGACUAUAACAUGUUUCUGCUUUGUAAAUUGAUAUGAUAUGAUGCUAAUCACUCAUCAUAAUCUGUAACCUUCAAACAGACAUUUUAGAGCAAAAACUGUGAUUUGUUAUUUUAUUUUCAUCAUCACGUCUAAACUAUGGAGACUCAACUGUUGGAGAUCGAGAACUUAUGAAAUGGGGACUUGCAGAAUUGGGACCUCAAUGCACACAACAUGUGAUUGUUUUGUUUGUGUCCCAAGUGGCACUAUGUUCCCUAUUUGGUGCACUACUUUUGACUAGAGUCCUAUGGGCCCUGGUCAAAAGUAGUACACUUCAUAGGGAAUAGGGCACCCUUUGUUCAUUUUGUUUGUUGUUGUACCGAUCUCCAGCUACUAAACAUGUAAUGCAGGUGUGUUUUUUUGUGUGUGUGUGUGUGUCAAAAACAGCUGUGCUGUGUUGUAAAUAUGAUAAAAAUUCUAUUAAUAAAAAUCAGAGAAAAAAAUA